AUGAAUCGUACACCACCAUCUCUCAAUCAUCUUACUCUUGGCUCGCCCUAUCCAGAAGAGACACCAGUCGUCAAUUAUAGCUACGUCGGGGACGAUUAUCCCCUCGAGUACCCUGUUGGAGACCUUCUCGUUGAACCAGUCGCCAUGACACUUCAUGAGACUGUACACUAUCCACUAAAUACCAGCGACCCCCUCUCCGACACAGAGUGGCGCUCCCUCGCUAUUCGCCCCCACGGUUUUGGAACCCCCCGACUUGGCCCGGACCACCGGAUGUUCGUCGUCACAUUCUUCCACCAGCUACACUGCAUUUGGAAGUUCCACUAUACGUUGCUCACUCCUGGACAUCCCGGGUCCUCUCCCGACCACGAUUACCACUGUCUAAACUAUCUCCGGCAGACGUUCAUGUGCGAGAGCGCUGAGAGCCUCGAGCUCGGCGACUUCAUGGAAAGGGACUUUGAGAAAGAGCGCAUCGGGGACACGUUGGUGUGCAAGGACUGGCAAAAGCUCUACGAGAAUCUGGAGCGGGAUGAUAAAGAAUGGAGCGCAUGGGCUGCGCAGUGGAAUUGA